AUGAGCAUCAUCAUCGAUGGCGACACCAUUGAGACGGCCACAUGUCUCCUCAUGCCAAACUCUCGCGAAUACGGCCACGCUGACCAGCAGUCCGAACCAUUGGCACACGGCAAAGGACCGGCUCCCUUCAAGUUAGCAGUCAAAGACAAUAUCGCGACGAAAGACCUCCCGACGACAUGCGCCUCCGCCAUCCUCGCCGAACACGCCAGCCCUUUCGAGGCGACCAUCGUGCGCCAGCUCCGCGAGCGCGGCGCCGUGGUCGUCGGCAAAACCAACAUGGAUGAGUUUGGAAUGGGAUCCCACUCUGUCCACUCGUCACGCGGUCCCGUCCGGAACCCCCUCGCUCCAACACCAACCUCUGCUGGCGGCAGUUCCGGAGGCAGCGCCGUCGCGGUCCGCGUCGGAGACGCAGCCGUCGCGAUUGGCACAGAUACAGGCGGCUCCAUCCGCCUGCCGGCUGCGUACUGCGGCGUCGUUGGCUACAAGCCCUCGUACGGUAUGCUGUCCAGGUUCGGCGUCGUCCCGUACGCGAACUCUCUCGACACGGUCGGCCUGUUGGCGAGCAGCGUUGUCGCCCUCGAGAAGCUCGUCUUCGAGACGGGCCUGGAUCUGGAGCAUGACCCGAACGACCCUACGUCUCUGUCGAGCGAGUUCCGCCAGAGCCAGGCGCAGCAAGCGCCCGAGCAGCGGCGCCUCAAAGUCGGCCUGCCGCUCGAGUACAACAUUGAGGAGCUCGACCCCCAGAUCCAUGCCGCGUGGGUCAAAACCGCUGAGACGCUGCAGGCGCUGGGCGUCGAUGUCGUGCCUGUCUCGCUGCCAUCUACGAGACACGCCCUCUCCGCGUACUACGUCAUCGCCCCAGCCGAGGCGUCCUCGAACCUGGCCAAGUAUGAUGGUGUCCGCUACGGCAAGCGCGGCGAGGGGAGCGACGCGACGGGCGAAGUCCUCUACUCGGAGACGCGAGGCAAUGGUUUUGGGGAUGAGGUCAAGAGGCGCAUCCUGCUUGGUUCUUACAGUCUGAGUUCGGAGGCUAUGGACAACUACUUUAUACAGUCGCAAAAGGUGCGCAAGCUCGUGCAGCGCGACUUUGACCGCGUGUUCCGCCUCGCAAACCCCCUCUAUGACGAGCAGCAGUUCGACCUGAGCGACAUGACGGGUGACGUCGAGCUGGAGAACAAGCUUGGCCCCCAGCAGGUUGACUUUCUCCUGUGUCCCACGGCGCCCUCUUUUCCUCCGAGGAUCGAAGAUGUCGAGAAGCAGACCCCUGUUCAGUCGUACACAAACGACGUGUUCACUGUCCCGGCCAGUCUGGCUGGGCUUCCUGCCAUCAGCAUCCCGGUUCCGAUUCAGUUUCCGUCUCCCGAGGCCGACGACAGCCGAAAGGUGGCUGGGUUGCAAAUCAUCGGGCAGUACUGGGAUGACAAACGCGUGCUGCAGAUAGCAAGGCGUCUUGCGGAGAAGCUCGCGGCGUAA